AUGACCUCUUGUCCAAUCGGAUCGAAGGUCCUGUGUCCUCUAGAUUGCGCGUUGUUGUUGGUUUUCAGUUUGCCUAUCAUGAAAGUGCUCAACUGGUUUUCGGGCUUAUGGCUUUCAGUGAUACACGGGCUGGCCUCGGCCUUUUUAUUGUUUGUACAUCGUUCCCUCUUUUGGAAUAUCAAUGUUUUGUUUGAUGGACCUCUUUGGAUUACAUUUGCCGAGUGCAUGUUCACGGUAGUUGUCUGUCUCAUCCGACUCAGGUCAAGUUCAUUCUCCAUUAUUCGGAGUUUGAGGCAAGGCUUCUUUAGUGCAGCUAAGGAGCACUCUCUGAAUAUCAAAUUGUCGCUUGCAUUCUCUCUCAUGAUAAUCUGCAACAAUUUAUGCCUUUAUUACAUGGAUAUGCCAAUGUAUUUCGUUGCGCGUUCCCUAGCUGUCCCCAUCAGUCUGGUUUUUACAUACCGUAGUCGGUCGGUGAAUAAGUGCGUCGGUGUCCUUUUGGGCGCUCUUUUGGUGGUUGUUGGCUAUAUUGUUACACUAAUUGAGGAGAAUCUGACUAAUCUACUAAUUGCUGAAGGAAUCGUUUUUGGCAUUCUCGCUUCUCUGUUCGUCGUUAUCUACUAUCAGGAGGCAUCCCAUCUUGCAUCUGGCAAUAAUUAUGACGUUCAUCUGAAGCAGGUUUACGUAAACAAUGUCAUUUGCAGCCUCUUCACAUUCAUAGCCAUUGCUUUCACUGAGACGUCAGAACUUAUGUUUCUUCCCUAUUCCCUCUACCCAGAAACGGUGCUCUUCUGGUUGCUAAUUGUCCUAAGCUGUAUCACCUCAUCCUUCGUGGGCACAGUUGUGCUUCGUGAAGUCACAACCCACUCGAUGAGCCACCGUGAGUUGAUUGGUCUGGUACGAUCUCUCCUCCAGACUGUUCUGGCUGUGAUCAUUUUCCGAGUCUACACUACCGGAUUUUGGUGGGUGGGUGUGCUGCUGACUGCGGCAGGAACUGCUAUCUACUGGAGGGCCUACAUGAUUCAUGUCACCGACCCUCUCGGCACAAACAGUGCUGCCAAAGACGGUCUCCCAACGGUUAAUAAUUUGGCUGAUUGA